UUAUGAAUAAGUAAAGGGCAUAACUUUUAGUGCACUGUAGGUAAUAAAAUGUUUGAACGAGAAAAAAUGACUGAUUUUACUUGCGUUUGAAUUGCCGAAUGUACAGGGUUGCGUAAAUUGUACAAUUAAAACAAAAAAGUACCAAAAUAACGCAACAACACAACAGUCCUAUUAUGUUCGUCCAAGAAGUUUUUUUAAGUGCUUUUUGGACAGCCGAGUUCGCGAGUGCAAGAACGAAUUGUAAUAAAGAAAAAAUUGUCAUGAAAUUAAUUUGAACUAUAAAAACUACUAAUAAUUAACAAUAAAUUGUAAAUAAUGCUUUAUUUGAAAACUGUAGUAGUGUAUAUGUUCAUUUAAAGCCUUCCAACCGGUUGAAAAGUUAUGUGAAAAAAUUUCUUUACCUUUCGCUCUCUCCAUGCAUUCGCGCAUUCGUAUCCAGUCCGCGCGGACCUUUCAACCGACAAUCUUUUCAUCAUUUCGCUGCUCUGUUCAGUUCCAACGUCGAAGGUAAUAGCAGCAGAAGCAAAGCCAGCGAAAUCGCUGCUUCCAGUGUCAAAGUGAAUCGAGUGUCGUCGUCGACGUCGUCAUCGUUGACUGUUUGCCUGCUGCGUCAAGUAAAUGUGAAAGAAGAAUGGAAAAGUGCACAUACAAAUAUUGAAGUCGAGGCGAAUAAUAGCAGAAGUCAAAGAAUUGCUAAGCUGUGCAAAAAAUUGUAAUAUUUAAUAUUUUUUUUUUACCAUUUCCUUUGAUUUCUAAAGCCGUUAGCAAUAAAAUACAUUAACACAUUUAAUUUAGUGCUAUAUAUUAUGUUUAGUGAAUUUGUAGAUACUUAAAAUAUAUACAUACAUAAAAAUGUAUAUUUAAAGUGCAUUGACGUCGUUACAAGAAAUCGUUCAAAGAAAAUUGCAGAUUGAAUAGGAAACGAAAAAAUUAGUGCAAAUGUGAAUGUGAGCCGAAAGUGAGGCGAAAAAGUGUACAAACGUCCCCCAAUUGACAGUGGCUAGGUCAUACCAACAUAAUCUUAAUCAUCAUUAUAUUCUUAGUUAUCUUUAACUAAUCUUUGGCGACGUCAUCGUGUUUUUUUAUAUUAACUUUUGGGUUUGCCAUUGGCGCCUCCUCACCAUGAAACGUUAAUUCCAACGCGGACAAGAAAAUUUAUUCGCCGUGUUGCAAGGCGGACAAUUUUGAUCCGCCAGUACUCAAAGUUCUUUUGUAUUUUGAUUUUUUCACUACGAAAUAUUUCCAAAUUACAAACAAAAUACGUACAGGAACCAAGUUACAACGAUGGAUUGCAUUAAAAUAAACACAUAAAGCAUUUCAUAAAUAUUGCAUCAUCGGUAAAAAUUGUACCUACAUACCUUAAUAUAAUACAUCCAUCAUUGUUGAAACUAUUGUUAAGCAACUGUCAAUUGGUUUUGGCUUGGCCGCAAAGUUGCCGUAAUUGAUAUACAUAUACCUACGAGUACAUACCUACAGCUAUACUUGAUAAUGUAUAUAAAACACGAAAAUCCAACAUAAAAUAGCAUGACUUGAAAGUGAAGAAAAUAAAAAAUAGAAAAAAUCAUCAAAACAAACGGAACAGGAACACAAUGUAAGCCUUCAUCAUGACUUAGUGAAAGACGAAACUAAAAUUGGAGAAGUGUAAAGGCGGAAGACGAAGGUAUCUACGAAGUAUAAGUCGCAGGAAGCCCCACUUGUAAGUAAACCAAUGCCCAGCGAAAUGACAUACCAUGAAACAGCAAAUAAGGACACUGAAGCGAAGGACAAAAUAAUAAAAGAAACCAUUUGAAUGAACUUACAACCUUCGUUACCGAAUGACGCACAAAACCCCGGAUCAGACCGCAUAAUACCCGUUACGAAAACGAAGAAAAAUAACUACGCUACAUAGUAAAGAGCGUAAAUGAAAAGUUGUUUAAAUAAACCCUGUAAAAAAAGCCAGCUAUAAAAAGAGGCAACCAAAAAAGAGCGAAAAAAUUAACUUCAAAAUACCAUUUAUAGCGCAAAUGCAAAAGCACAAAUGGGCACAUUUUGAGAACUUAACCAUCACUCACAUGUCGUCAAUUGUCCGAAAUCCGAAAACAACAAAAACAACACAACUGCAAACAAACCAACAAAGGAAUAUCGUAUAAUAAUAACCAAAAUAGCCACCAUCUCACCAUAACUAAAUACUAUAAUCAACCUUCUUGUUUCUUACUCAACGUCAUCGCCGUCGCUGUCGCUGUCGUUGUCGCCGCCGCUAUCGCCAAUUGUACACCAACCAAGCAGCCAACUAACCCACAAUAAUACCAUAGAAGUGAGUGGUGAGUGGUGACAUUAAAGACGGAAAGUAAAUAUUAUUACAUAGUGAUAGUAGCUGUAGUAGUUGUCGCCCUGCUGCCACACGCACAUACCCGUACAUGUAAAAUAAAAUAAAAUAAAAUCAAAUAUCACAAAAACGCAAAAAGUACAUUUAUAGCUACGCCGCAUUUGCCCCAGAAACGAAACAAAAAGUAAAACAACAAAACAAAGGAAAAAAAUGUUGCAAGACACCAUACAGCCAAAAGUCGUUGUAAUACGACGACGUCCGAAUCAAGGUUUCGGUUUUACGCUGCGUCAUUUUAUUGCCUACCCACCGGAAGAUGAUCCCUCUUGGCCACAGGAAGCAUCAGAUCCGUACCACCACCAAGUGAAAGCGAUGGAAACCAUUUUCAUAAAAGAAGUUCAAACGAACGGACCUGCUCACUACGCCAACCUGCAGACGGGCGAUCGCGUUCUAAUGGUAAACAACUCACCCAUUGCCGGACUUGCGUACAGUACAAUCGUGUCAAUGAUCAAGCAAACGCCUUCAGUGCUGACGUUGCAUGUGGUGCCCAAGGAGUGCGAUGUACUGCAGAUGCAUUAUACCAGCAUAGCGCAUACACCAGAAACCAAUCGUCUUGCCACAGCGCCACGACCCAUACCAUCGCCAGUGACUGUGGGCAAUGGUAAUGCAGCUGGCGCAUUAAUACCAAUCACACCAGCUGCCGCAUCGGCAUCGGUAUCGGCAGCAACAACAAAAACAUUUUCACAUCAACAACAACAGCAACAACAACAGCAACAGCAAUUGAUCUCAUAUCCGCAGCUGAGUUCUGUCGGUGUUGGCGCCGGCGGAAAAGCUAGUCGUUCGGGCAGUAUUACGAGCUCUGUUGGCAGUAGCAGUUUCCGCCCCACAGUGGUGGCGGGGAGUGGUGAAUUCAUCGAUAUGUCAUCAUCGCAGGGUCUGCACCAGCACAGCGGUCGUUUGUUGAUACGAGACGAUGCUGGUGGUGGAGGCGGAGGAGGAUUUGUGUCGCGCUCCCAACCACCGCCCAAUCUGACAGUAUUAUCCCGACAACAACAACAACAUCAUCUGUACCAAACACAAUCAGCUGCAGCAGUGGCUGCAGCCGCAGCCAAUUCCGCCUUCUAUGCCCCGGCUACGGGUGUCGGCGCCGUUGACACCAGCGAAUUGAUGAUACGCCUACGUGAAUCGAUCAAGCAAAAAGAGGAAUUCCUUAAAUCACCAUUGCCACACACACACGCCACGUUACACAGUGUACCCGCUGUGAGCCAUCAUACAACAGCAGCACAACAACAUUUCUUCCCGCCGCACACACCGCCGUCGGGUAGCCCGCAGUUGUCUAUGGUGUCGACGACAUCAACAUCAGCCGGUUCAUCAGUGUUGAGCAGCAGCGGGCCGGCAUCGGCGCGUGGUCAGGUGCGUACACUUGUCAAACAACCACUCUCCGCAACAUCCUCGUCGGCGUCGAGUACGCGCGAAUUGUUGCCAGCAACGCAUGUCAGUGCAAUCGAAAUGCAUCAAUAUUACGGCAGUGUGAACAGUACGGGCAGCACUGGUGGUGGUGGUGGUAAGCACCACGUCACGAAUGCCAGCAGCAGCAAUAGUGCUGUUGGUAAUUAUAUUAGCAUGGAGGGAAGUUCCAUGAGUCGCGGUAGUAGCAGUGCUCGCACUAUUUCUGGUGGUGUUGAAUCAUCGGCACUGCGACGGGCAUCAGGCAAUGGCAGCAGCGCAUUGAGUAGUAGAACGACUAACAACAAUGGCGUGGGUGACAAAUAUGUAAAGGAUUUGGAUUAUUUGGAAACAUUGCAGGAGACGGGUGUCACCAAUAAAGUUUUCGAGCGUAAACUCGUCUCACAUCUCGCUAAAGGCUUUGAUCCCUUCCAACCGCUCUCCAUCAAUACCAACGCCGCCAGCGUGGAUCCCAAUGCAACAACAGUGGUCAACGCAGCUGGCAAUGUAAUGUUGAUAAAGAAACCCACAGUGCUAUACGAGUCUCUACAACAUCAUCCAUUGCAUCAGCUGCAAGUGCAACAAUUACAACAGACUCAACAAGCGCAUGCGAGCGGCAAUGUGAUCGUGCAGCAUCAACUGCAACAACAACAAAAACAACAGCUACAACUGCAUACGACCGGCAGUGUGGUGGACGGUGCCCAAUAUAGCCGCAUGGAGAUACACAAGGCCAGUUUGGCCACGACGACGAUCGAUCAAGCGCCGACUAGUAAAUAUACUAGCAAAGUACCGGAAGCGCUUGGAUCAACAGCAGCAGCAGCGGCGACUGCGAUUUCUGAACCAAAACCGGCACUCACUGAUAUCGCUGAAAGCAAUGAGGCACCGCUAGCAGGCAGUCAAGUGGCUGCAACUGUUGGCGCUACCGAUAGCAGUGGUAAUGCUGUUGUGCCUGCAACAGCUGCUGUGGUGCGCCGUUUUAAGCCAAUGUGCUCUUCCUUCGACGAUAGCAGCAAACCCAUGCGUCGUAUUUCAUAUCUACGCGCCACCAACAAUGAAGCGGACUACUCCGCAUCGGAUACAUCCUCUACAUCGUUGACGGGUUUGAAUAGCAGUGGAGUGGGUAUUGGUGCACCACCGCCACUCAUUGAGGUGACAUCGAAACCGUCAUCAUUCGAUGAUGAUGCUGCUGAUGCGGACGAUCCUACUUAUGACGUGGUGGCUGGCGAUGAGUGUGUGACAGUGAGACAAACAGCAGCCGAAUUGAUGGCGGCAACAGCCCAAGAGCAUUUGGCGGAGCAACAGCAACAGCAUUUGAAAGAUAGAGCGAGUGUCACUGCCGAGGCUGCCAUUGUGGCGGCGGUGACGGCCGCAGGUGUUGGUGGUGGUGCAGCGGCGGCUUUAAGUGAAAGUAGACGCGAAUCGGUGAAUAGUGAAAUACGAAAUAGCGUUCACAUUGACGAUGUAAUCGCAGACAUAAAUGGCAAAUUGGAGACAAAGGAUGUGGCUACCGAAAUGGAAGUGUUCGAAACUGAAAUGGAGAUUAAGUCGUCAUGCAUCAACGGAAAGCGUCUUUCGGAUUAUCGUUCUUGGCGGCAAGUGAAAAUCGAAAUCAAAGGCGACAAUCUACGCAUUUAUCCUGGUCGCAGUUGUAAGGAGAGCAAUAUGAUAGAACUCGAUAUUAGAAAUUUCAAAAUUUUCGAUGAAUCAGUUGAUAAAAAGAAAUGCUAUAUGUUUCGCAUGCAAUCGAAACCAACACAAAUCGCCACUUUGGGCAACGAACUAAACCUGGAUGACGUGCCAGAUAAGCUGACCUCAUCGGGUAGUAGUGCUUCGACGACAGCGUCACAUAUGGAGCCACCGCAACAUCACCAGCCAAAUCAGCAACCAACUGAAAUAUUAUUUAAAACGAAAAGCAUGACGGAAAUGAAACGCAUUUUCGGUUUAUUGCAAUGGAAAAAUAGUCUAAUUUACGACGAUAGUGAUCUUCAAGGCAGGCAAUUGGCUGAGCCGCAGAAAACCGCGGCUAUCUCUAGCAUGCCAACAGCAACAUACUGUGAUGAUAACGUACAACCACAUUUACAUCCACACCAACAAUUACAAGCAGAGUAUUCCCCAUUAAGCACAACUUCACGCGGUGGUGGCGAUUCUGAAAUCAUUUCCGACUCCAUUUCGCCUGUGAUGAAAACGCGCAAAUCAUCUUCACACAAAAAUAUACCCGACAAAGAUUUAGGUUCACCAAAAGCCAAAAAUUGGAAAGAUUUACUCUUUAGACGCGGCGGUGGCAGUAGUAGUAGUAGCCACAACGCGGACAUCUCACCAUCAAGUUUAGCUUCGGGCGGCAAGACGACCGGUUCUAUUGGAGUGCCCUUGAAAUUAUGCCCAAUGUCCAAAAACAACGAAUAUGUGCCGCUGUUAGUGGAUGUCUGCACAAAUAUUGUCGAAACAAAAGGACUCGGCAUAGUUGGCAUUUAUCGUAUUCCUGGCAAUAAGGCGGCCAUCUCGGAGCUGUCGGAGCAAGUGAAUAAAGCAGAUUUUUCUUGGGAUCGCUGCGGCACCGAUGUAAGGUGGGAAGAUGUGAAUGUCGUGUCGAGUUUGCUAAAGCAAUACAUACGCAAUCUGCCUGAUGCAUUGCUCCCAUGUUCCUUCUAUAUAAAUUUCAUUGAAGCUGAUAAGAAGACGGGCUUGGAACGUUUAAAAGAACUAAGAGAGCUGCUGAACUCACUACCGCGUUACUCAUACGAAACUUUGAAACAUUUGAUACGGCACUUGAGUCGUGUGAGCAAAAAUUGUGAUGUAAAUUUGAUGGAGCCGAAAAAUUUGGCUAUAAUCUUUGGACCAUCGAUUAUACGUACACCAAAUGAUACGCUUGAGAUAGCCGUGAAGGAUAUGAAGCAUCAGUGUCGCAUUGUCGAGCUGCUCGUGACGCAGUAUGAGUACUUUUUUGAGAAUGGACCCCUGCCAGAUUUGGCGGACGUCACUGGCAAUACGCCCAUAGCGACCACCUCUAGUUCAGCCUCCGGCGCUCUACACACCCAAGAGGAUCAGACGAAUAUGUUGCUGCACAAUGUAUCGAAAAUCGAACGUCUCACCGAGCGUGAGUCCACCACCAGCACACGCACAUCCCGCUUCAUACCACAGCUGCGAAGGCGUACCCAUAGCAAGCGUGGUGCCGCCAGUUCGGACACAUAUUCGGGCGAAAGUGUGUUGGUAAGCGAUAUACAAAAUUUGAAUCAGAGCCAUAAUACCUAUCUGAGCUCGAAUAAUCAUAAUCAUAAUCAAAAUACAAAUACAAAUAAACAUAAACGCAAAUCAUUGCAAUCAUCCAUCAACCUCAAUCAAACCUUUACUAAACUCAUUUCCGCACCACACAACAUGCACAACGCACUACUCAAGUGUAAUGCUACUAUUAGCACUAAUUCCAAGAACAACAACAACAAAAACAACACAACCACACAAUCCACACCCAAUAUAUGCGUGGCGGCAGCCACACCGGCUACCAAGCCACCAUCCAAAAUGCCUUCAUGCGCAUUGGCAAGCCGGUCGCCACAGCAGCUGCCGCAGCCGCCGCAAAUAUUGCAAAUGCAAAAGCAGCAGCUGCAGCAGCGGCGUCGCAAAGCCGUGCCUACUAUAUGUGACAUUGGGUUAACAUUACGUGUACAAUUUCAGUCAUUGGAUUCAACCAAAUCAGUUACGACAGCGAUGACCACGAGUAGCAGUUCGACCAAUGCUACUACCGCUUCAUCGAGUAGUGGUAGUGGCGGCAGCAGUCUCACGUCCACCAUGCAGAAGACGAAGAAGGAGCGAGGUUUCCUAAUUAAUCAUGGCGGUGGUGGUUUUGUGCGCCUCCACCAUCGAAAGGCUAGUUUGGAUGAGAAGGACUCGGGCAGUUGCAGCGGUUCGGGUAGUGGCAGUGGCGGCAGCAUGAGUAAGGAGCAGCAGCGCAGCAGUGUCGACAUUUCGGUGCUGUUGACCGAUGAUGACUCGAGCAAUAGCCGAAGUGACACGGGUUCCAUGUCUCUGACCACCAUCACCGACACGUUGGACUCUAAAUUGCGCAACUUGCGGAGCGGCUCCGAAUCGAACGAUGAGAAUGGCUCGCCGGAAUUCCGCAAAAAUCGGCGGCACACGCUGGGUCAGCCGUUGCACUUGCAUUCAGAAAACAUUCCCUAUGCCGAUGAGUCACCGGAGCGUCAUUUUCAUUCCUCACCUCUAGACGCGCCGAAUGUAUUGAUGCUAAGUCGUUCCUGUACAGCCACUAACACCAUCGCCUCGGCGAAGAGGAAUGAGAGCAAAGAACAGCGGGUGGCAGCGGUAUUGUCUGCAUACAAAAACAACAAGCUGCAACAUUCGGCCACCGUGCCCAUCAAUUCCGGUUCGACAACAACAAUAGUGGCUAGUGGUAGUACACCCUCGACUGCAGCGUCGACUCCGACUGCCAUUCUAACAGUAAAAACAACAAACACACAAGGCAGCGGCACCGGUAGUGGAGGUGUUGGCAGCGGCGUUGGCGGUUGUAACUCAGCACGUAAUUCCUAUUUGGGGCGUGGCACACGCUUUUUCAAGCACUCAUAUGAACAGCAAUGUUGCUCGGACGAUGACUCAGAGGGUUCAACAACGAGCGAUCCAAAGGAUUCGCUUAUCAUAGCAUCACCGCCGUUUUUUCUAGAUCGCUACAAUAAGAAACGUCGUGACCAUCGACUCUUCCGUUCGGCUUCGUUCAAUAGCCGCAAUUAUUCGUCGUCUUCGGGCAGGCAUAGUGGCAGCCAUCACAUAACCAGCAGUGGCGGCGGUGGCGGUUCUGCAUCAGCAUUGACUAAAGAUGAAAAGACUGAUAUGAAUUUAACGAAAAAGCGACAAAUACAAAAUAAACAGAAUCGUUCGAUUAAACGACGACACACGGUAGGUGGUCCACAUGACUAUGUCGGACCAAAUGGCUGUCCGCCAGCGAAUAGCAACAAUUGCAAUCAUCAACACACAUGUAAGGUGACAACUGGUUCGGGUGGUACUACAACAACCACUACAACCGUGCUACGACGCAUUCCGAUACCCAGCGCUAAUGGUAACAUCAGCAACAACAAUAAUAAUAUCAAUACCAAUCUAAUGCAAGAUGGCAACAAUGGUAAUAGAGGUGUCGUUAGUGGCAGUGGUGACGGCAGUGGCAGUGGCACUGUUGGUGUCAACGGCGCGGGUGGUGGCGAUAUUUCUGGCAACAGUGCAACAGUGUCUAUGGCUAGUGGCGCAGGCAGCGAACAUGUGCUGGAAGUGGGCAUACGCAUUAAGAAUAUCAACAGAAGUCGAUAUUAAAGGUGGGGAGGAUGAUAAAAAUAAAACGUGGAAACGGCAGUGUGAAGCGUUUUGCAAGUAAUUGCAAGCAAAUGAUAAAUAAGAUAAAACACCAAUUAGUUACUAAGUUAAAAAAAAAAAUACAAAUACAAAUAUAAAAAGUCAACAGCGUUCAUUUAAAUGUAUGUGUGUAAAAAAUUAAAAGAUCCUAGUAUUAGCAAGCAAAGAAAUUAUAGCAUAAAAGAAAUUUAAAUAAAAAUAAACAGCGCAAAACAACAAUGAUGAAAAACACGAAGAUAUUCAUGCUGUGUGUGGUGAAGGUUUUUUUUUUACAUUUCAUUUACUGUACCUAAAUAGUAGUGGUUUUGAUGUUUGCUAUUUUUCAACUAUUUACUGAGAAGUUAUAAUUUUUUGGUAUUCGAAAAAGUAAAUUAGUAAAAAGUUAUUUUGAUAUCUUACAAAUAUCUUAUGAAAUUGAGUACAUUGUUGCUUUUUUGAAAUUCAGGAAAACUAAAAAAAUAUAUCAUUCAAUAAUAAAAAAUAUAGUUCUUUGAGCCAUUGUGGAUAUUAAUAUUGUAGUAUUGUAACGUCAGCACAUAAAAUUUCAAAUUUCCACACAAAUUUAAGAAGUAAUUUUUGUAAGCAGUUUUUACUUACAAUUUGCAUGUUUUUUUUUAUUUAAGAAUAAAAAUCUUAGUCUUUCCUUAAGAGACAUAAAAAAAUGCUUUUGUUGAAGGCAGAAAUUUUAAAAACUACUUUUGCUACUAAUCUAGACCCGAACGACUCCAAAUAAUUUUUCUUUUUUAAAUAAACAAUUCUUAGCGAAUUUUUAAUUAAGAAAUAACUGAAACACAUCUAUAUAAAAAAGUUUAAUCCGAAUCCAAAAUUGCGCAUAAAAAUUAUUUAAAUGCAAAAGUCACCACCUUAGCGCCCUUCUGCUACCAAACAUAGCAUGAAUGUCUUACAGAAAAAGUUAUAAAUUAUUAAAAAGUAUGUAGUUAUUUAUUAAAUGUAUGUAAACGCACUAAACUAAAAGAUAAAACACCACCUCCCAAACGCCUAACACAAGCAAAGCUAAAUUUUGCGGCAGCAAAAAGAGUUACAAAAGAAAAGUACACAUAAAAAAAAAAAUAAGAUAUUUUAUCAAAUAAAAAAUGUAUAUACAAGAAAAGUAAAAUUAUAUUAAAAGAACAACUGAGAUUGAAGCAGAGUGUUCAUUUUAGUGAAAUUGGAAUGUCAUAAAAUAUUCAGCUUAUUCAAAAAUAACCCUUUCUCUUCCUUAUUACACAAAUUUGAACUUUAAACAGACUAGCGACAAAAAUUUUAAGGCAUCAUUAGAUGUCAACACGUUUUGUUUUUAUUAUUUUAACAUUUUCACAUUGCUCUUCCCUUUUUUCAAUGUUCCUAUAAGAAUGAAUUUCAUUUAUAAUAUCUGUUUUUACCUUUUCCCUAACAUUAAUAUCCUGAAGCAACUAAUGUGAUCUAAAUCAACGCAUCAAAAUGCACUAAACGGCGUUUUUUUAAUUUAGCUUUUCUCCUGAAUCCUUUGUGUCAUUCCAAUUUCAUUAUAGAACUUGCAAAAAUAAAUGUGCAAACCCACAAAUAUAGAUAUUUUCUGAUAUGUAUUUUUUCGAAACCCAAUAAAGGAGCUUAUAUAGGUAUGACUGGUGUGUAAUGUGAAAUAUUGCGACGGCAAGUGUUUUUAGCGCGACUUUUGUUGUUAUAUACGUGUAAAUUUUCCUAAUUUCGAUUUUUAUUGUUAUUAAAUUAAAUAUUAAAUAGUUUUUCAUACUUUUUUCUUUCGAUCGAUAUUGUUGUAUUUUGGAUAUAUAUAAAAUUGAAAACAAAAACGUGUAUUUAAUAUAAUUUUCUAAUUUUUAUUUAAAAAUAAAAUAGCUUCCUCACACACGCAUGCAUAAAUUAAGAAAAUUGUGUAAUAAUAAAAAAAGCAAAUGCCCGUUAAUUUGUAUUUUUAUGGCAAAAUUGUCAUGUUAUUUGAUUGUAAAGCUAAAAUUUUAUAAGAUUUUGUACAGCGGCGCUUUAACCCAUAGAAGAAACCUUAUAUUUGAAAUUUAAAGUAAUUGAAAAAAUAUAAAUUUGUUGGUAUUUUAUAGGGAAAAAUUAUUAUGAUUUCAAAAGGGAAAAUUAAAACAAAAAAUUAUGAAAUUAAUUUAAAUUGUAUGUAAUAAAAACAAAAUAAAAUUAUUUAAUUGUUUUUACAUUAGUAAUAUUAUUAUUAUUAAAUAUUAUCAUUUACGAAUUACUCUCCCCCUCCCCAAAAGAGAAACUCCACUUGUACGUAUGUAUGUGUAUAUGUAUGUAACAUUAUUAUUAUUUAUAUUCGAUAAUAAUUGUGUUUGUAUUAAACAAAAAGAACUAUUUACAUUGUAUUGUAAUUAUAUAAAUAUAUAAUAUAUAAAUAUUAUUUUGAUUAUUAUGAUUUAUGUGCGUUUAAUUUUACUCGUCUGUUAUUUGCUUAUAAAUAAAUAAAUAAAAACUUAAGUUGUAUUUACAAGCCAAAAUUUAUGUUUGGUGAAAACAAAAAAAAAA